AUGGCUCUGGUGAACCAGAAUGGUGUUACGGAUUUCCUGCUUUUGGCUUCAGUGUUUGGCAUUGUGGGAAGUAGGGUGAAGGAACACUCCCUGGUUCCCUUAAAAUGGAAACAGGAAGCUUUGGAAAGCCCCCAUGGAGGAACGAAGAUGUCACUGAGCACUUCCACAUGGCGGCUGGCACAGGACCAAACUCGAGACACGCAACUCAUCACAGUUGAUGAAAAAUUGGAUAUCACUGCUUUAACUGGUGUUCCAGAUGAGCACAUCAAAACCAGAAAAGUUCACAUUUUUGUUCCAGCACGUAAUGCAAUGCAGGCAGGAGUUAACAAUACAAAGAAAUGGAAGAUGGAAUUUGAUAACAGGGAGCGCUGGGAAAAUCCUUUAAUGGGCUGGGCAUCUACAGCUGAUCCGUUAUCCAAUAUGGUUCUUACUUUCUCUACUAAAGAAGAUGCCAUUGCCUUUGCUGAAAAAAAUGGCUGGAGCUAUGACGUUGAAGAGAAGAAGAUUCCAAAACCUAAAUCCAAGUCUUAUGGUGCAAAUUUUUCUUGGAACAAAAGAACAAGGGUGUCUACAAAAUAGGUUGGCAUUGGCUGGCUGACUGUGAAUAAAGUCAGCUGUGCUAUAUUUAUAGUCCAUGUAUAAUACAUCUCUUAAUCUCCUAAUAAAUUUGACCUUUAAACUACA